UUUCAAACAAAGAGUUUCCUCCAACAACCAGAUCCAUCAGAGACUCAAAGCUGGACCUGAACCCAGCUGUGUGUCCUUAAAGAGCGACUGGUCAAAGUAUCGUCUUAUUGAUUUUAAAUCAGUCCAGCCUCCAUCAGCAGAGAGAGUGGACCAGCAGAGCUCAGAGGUUCCCAGUGCUCAGUCUGCCCAGCAGCAUCAAACACAGCUGGACUCCAUAUUUAUGCUGCUGGAGGACAACAUGGUCACUUUUGUGAAGAACGAGCUGAAGAAGAUCCAGAAGGUUCUGAUCCCAGAUUACCCAGAAUGCUUAGAGAGUCAGAGAGAGGAUGAGGAGGUGCUGGAGGCUGAGGAUGAAGAGCAGAGGAGGAGCAGAGAGGCAUUGAUGAAGAUCACAGUUUACUUCCUGAGGAGGAUGAAGCAGGAGGAGCUGGCUGACCGUCUGCAGAGCAGACAAGUUGCAGCAGUUUCUCAUCGUAACCUUAAAAGUUGUGUGAAGAAGAGGUUCCAGUGUGUGUUUGAGGGGAUUGCUAAAGCAGGAAACCCAACCCUUCUGAAUGAGAUCUACACAGAGCUCUACAUCACAGAGGGAGGGACUGGAGAGGUCAAUGAUGAACAUGAGGUCAGACAGAUUGAAACAGCAUCCAGGAAACCACACACACCAGAAACAACCAUCAGACAAGAAGACAUCUUUAAACUCCCACCUGGAAGACAUGAACCAGUCAGAACAGUGAUGACAAAGGGAGUGGCUGGCAUUGGGAAAACAGUCUUAACACAGAAGUUCACUCUGGACUGGGCUGAAGACAAAGCCAACCAGGACAUCCACUUCAUGUUUCCAUUCACUUUCAGAGAGCUGAACGUGCUGAAAGAGAAGAAGUUCAGCUUGGUGGAACUUGUUCAUCACUUCUUUACUGAAACCAAAGAAAUGUGCAGCUUUGAAGACUUCCAGCUUGUGUUCAUCUUUGAUGGUCUGGAUGAGUGUCGACUUCCUCUGGACUUCCACAACAAUCAGAUCCUGACUGAUGUUACAGAGUCCACCUCAGUGGAUGUGCUGCUGACAAACCUCAUCAGGGGGAAACUGCUUCCCUCUGCUCGCCUCUGGAUAACCACACGACCUGCAGCAGCCAAUCAGAUCCCUGCUGAGUGUGUUGGCAUGGUGACAGAGGUCAGAGGCUUCACUGACCCACAGAAGGAGGAGUACUUCAGGAAGAGGUUCAGAGAUGAGGAGCAGGCCAGCAGGAUCAUCUCCCACAUCAAGACAUCACGAAGCCUCCACAUCAUGUGCCACAUCCCAGUCUUCUGCUGGAUCACUGCUACAGUUCUGGAGGACGUGUUGAAAAGCAGAGAGGGAGGAGAGCUGCCCAACACCCUGACUGAGAUGUACAUCCACUUCCUGCUGGUUCACACCAAAGUCAAGAAGGUCAAGUAUGAUGGAGGAGCUGAGACAGAUCCACUCUGGAGUCCAGAGAGCAGGAAGAUGAUUGAGUCUCUGGGAAAAGUGGCUUUUGAGCAGCUGCAGAAAGGAAACCUGAUCUUCUAUGAAUCAGACCUGUAG